AUGGCUUUAUACGGUAAAAUUGCAGUCGUGACUGGAGCAGCAAUGGGAAUAGGAAGAGCAAUAACGGAGAUACUCCUGCAGAAUGGCUGCAAGGUAGCUCUCCUGGAUAUGAACGAAGCUGCAGGAAAUGAUUUAAUGGAAGUCCUUGAGAAACUGUACGGAGAGGAAAGAACUCUGUUCCUGCAAUGUAAUGUUGAAUCAGAGGAGCAGAUCAAAGCUGCCUUGCAGAAAACCGUAGAUACAUUUGGAGGAAUUGACAUCCUGUGCAACAAUGCCGGCAUCUUGAAUGAGAUCAUGUGGGAGAAAACUGUCUCCAUAAACCUUAUGGGUGUUAUCAGGGUAGCAUACCUGACUCUGGAACACAUGAGCAAGUUGAAUGGAGGUCAGGGAGGGGUCAUCGUCAACACAGCAUCCAUAGCAGGUAUCGAACCUAUAGCGAGCAGUCCUGUCUACACAGCCUCAAAGCAGGGCGUGGUCGGUUUCACUCGAGCCAUGGCGAAUGCUUCUACCGCCUUGGAGUAUGGUGUACGCUUCAAUGCAAUUUGCCCAAGUUUUGUCGAAACCAACCUCCUCGUCGGCAUAAACAACAGACUGGGCCAAUUCUCCGAACUGGACAAAAACACUCUUGAAAGCAUCAGGCUGUUAGAUGUAUCUGAGGUAGCGGAGGCCGUCCUCGAGCUGGUGACAGAUGGGACGAAGAACGGAGAGGCCCUAAUGGUGUUCUCAGAUGGAAAAGAAUACGCGACUUUUCCCUCAUUUUUGUAG